GUCUCGAUCUUCGUUAUAAUGUAAUUAAAGAAAGCAAAGAAAAAAAGAAAAACAGAGGAAAUCAAUGGCGUCUUCUGUAAAGGCAAAAGCAAAUCCUAAAGGCCGCGACUGAGGAAUGCCCGAUUUGCCCUCUUUAUCUCUCUUUCUCUCUCUCUAUCCGUACAAUCUCUCUCAUUCCAAAACAAGAUUGAUUUACAAAUCCAAUCUUAUUUUCCUUUCCUUUCUUCUUCCUCCUUUUCGUUUUUUUCUUCCAUUUACUUCUUCUUUGACCGCUGAUUCUUCAGUUCUUUCCUUCGUCUAAUCUCUUCUCAUAUACUCUGUCUUUUCACUUCCAUGGCUUCUCAUUACUUACUUCUCUUGUGGGUAGGUUUUCCAUUAUCCUUCUGGAUUGUGCGUUUUUAAUCCCUUUCUUCCUGUGGCUUCUUCUAUAAGAUCUUAUCUCCACUCUGCUUACAAAUUAAGCUGAUGACAUGACCCAUUUCGUUGGUUCUUGAAAGUGUGAGAGGAUUUUCCUUGAUUUUCUAAAGGUGGGAUUAAGAGGGUUCUCGUUUUUUUCCCCUUAAAAAGCUUGUACUACUCUGAACUUCCCCUUUUUGCCAGUGUUCUGAAAAAGGGGGAUUGGAUUGGGGGGUUUUGCUCUGUUUUAUUGAUGGGUUCGAAUACCCACCAGAGUUUUCAGCAACCCAAUUCGGCGUUGCUUCGAUUUCGCUCUGCUCCCAGUUCUUUGUUUGCAGAUUUCGCUCAGGGGAUUGAUUCUAAGCGCUCGAAUCCCUUCGAGGGCUCUGAAUCAGAGCGGUUAGUUUCUAGAUUUGGGAGUCGUGGUGGCGGUGGUAAUAGUAAUGAUUCGGAAUCUCCGGUGGCCGGAAACUACACUUCUGGUCUGCCGCCGCAUUAUCCCCGGCUGAACUCCGCCGUCAACUGUUCCUCCUCCUCUUCCUCUUCUUGUUCUUCUUCUUCCUCCUCAAUGUGUAGCUCACUUGGUUUUUUAGGUCCUAAUCUUGUUCGUCAGAGUAGCUCUCCUGCUGGGGUUUUCUCUCAACUCAAUCAAAAUGGCUUUGGUGGGGGAAAUUUCAGUAGACUGAGUGGUAAUAACAAUGGAGGGGAAGUUAGUCCAUCAUCUAACAGAUUGACCUCUCAAAUUAGCUUCUCUUCUUUGCUGCCUUCUUCUCUGGGGAUGUUUCCUCAGAUCUCUGAACAAGUAGUUGGGAAUGAAAAGCUUGCAAAUAGCAAUAAUGGAGAGACUCAGUUCUUUACUCCAUCUGGGUUUCCCUUUGCUUCCUGGAAUGAAUCGUCUCAGUUUCCGGAGACUUUUACCAGCAUAAAGCGCGAUCCGGAUAGUAAUAAGAAGUUGUUUUCUAGUAGUCCUCAGAAUGGCGAGAUCGGGAACCGAGUUCAUUUGCUGUCGCACCAUUUGAGCUUGCCCAAGAACGCAACCGAUGUAGCUUCCAUUGAGAAGUUGUUGCAGCUCCAAGAUGCGGUUCCUUGUAGAAUUAGAGCGAAACGAGGCUGCGCUACUCAUCCUCGCAGCAUUGCAGAACGGGUGCGACGAACUCGGAUCAGCGAACGUAUGAGGAAGCUACAAGAUCUUGUACCAAAUAUGGACAAGCAAACGAACACGGCGGACAUGUUGGACUUAGCGGUCGACUACAUCAAAGAGCUUCAGAAACAAUUCAAGACGUUAAGCGACAACAGAGCGAAUUGCGUGUGUCUGAAUAUGCAGAAGCCGGUAUCGAGUCAGAUAAUGUGAGAAGCUUUCUGUACAGAAAGAAUAAAAUGAUAGAAGAACAAGAUGUGAGAUGAAGGAAGAAGGAAGUACUGUUUUUAUUAUACAUUUAAAUAUGUGUUUUGUUAAGGAAUAACAACAGUAGAGAAGAAAGGGUAUCUUAAAGGUGAAAACAAGAGCAAAGUUAAAAGGUUCCAAUAGGAAAAGAAAGAAAAAAAAAAAAAAGAGGGAGAAAUUUGUAAUGGAAAUAUGUUUGGAAUAAUCAAUGAAAUAUGUUGUUGUAAAGUGAAGAGGAUAUAAUUUUUUUAAAAAAGUAUAUGGUUAGAGUUAUUUUGAACUAAAAUCCCAAA